CCUUCCUGGCAACAGAUUCCCAGAUUAUUGAUAUUAUUGAUUGUUGGAUACAUCGAUUGAUCGUCUGCUUCUCCCAUCAUUCAGGUUUGAAUCUUGUUAUCACACUGUGGUUUGUAUUCAGUAUGUCUUGUGUUCAUUACAGGUUUCAGAGUCGACUCACCUACGACUCGCUCCAGUUUGAGGGCCUCAACAUCACUGCGGGAGAGCUGAAGCGGCAGAUCAUGAGGCGCGAGAGGCUGAAGUUCUGCCAGCUGAAGAUCAGCAAAGCCCAAACUGAUGAAGAAUACACAGAUGAUGAUGCUCUCAUCCCCAAAAACACGUCGGUCAUCAUCAGACGGGUCCCUGCGGCUGGACUGAAGUCAUCAAACAGAAGAUUUGUUGGCCAUCAAGCUGGACCAUCAGCUAAAUCUUCUCAAACAGGUGAUUCUUCACUCCUCUCACUGGAGCAGCUGUUGAAGACUGAGAAUCUGGCUGAGGCAAAGGCAUCAGAGGAGGACAAGCUAAAAGCGGUGAUGUACCAGUCCAGUCUGUGCUACUACUCCAGCAGGUGAGCGUUCAGACACUGACAGGUUUGGUUUGUGAGAAAUGUUAGAGCUGAUUCUCAUGGUUCUGAUGUUCAUCAGUGAGGCCAUGACACUGCUUGGGCUUCUUCCACCCAACUAUGUCUGCUUUCACUGUGGGAUCCCAGGACACCACAUUAGGCACUGCCCCUCUAAAGGGGUAACUGGGUUUUCUAAGCUUAUGGUUGCUGUGAACUUGAGCUCUUGUCUCCAUCAGUCAGAUUGUUUGCUCUGUCGUUUGACUGUCACUCAUGAAUUCACAGGGCAGCAGCUCUGCUCCGCAUAAGCGCAUCCGGAGGAGCACAGGGAUUCCCCGCAGCUUCCUGUUGGAGGUGGACGACCCAAACCGAAAGGGAGUCAUGAUGGACGGCAGCGGCAAAUACGUCAUUCCCAUCAUAGACGCUGAGGCCUAUGCUGCUGAGAAGAAAAAGAGGCCGUCCUUCUCCUGCCAGACCAAGCCGCUGCCCUCCUCUUCCUCAGCUGGUGCAGCAUCUUCAGUCCAGGACGCCAGAGGGAAACGUUCCCGUUCCUCAUCUCCACCAGAGACGCACGGAGACCAGAAGAGACCACGUCACUGAGAGACCUUCACCCAAGAGACCUGGAGCCGACGUGAGCACAGUGUAUAUAUUGUACAUAGUUUAUGAAUAAAACUGAAUAAAGAUUAUAGCAGCA